CUAUUUAGAGUUUCAUAAGGAGUGUUUUUAAUCUUUUUGAAAUCGAAAUUGUACUUCUUUUUAUAUUUUGAUGUCAUUAUUCUGUUGUAUGUUUCAAGGAUUAUUUAUUAUAUUAUCUAUUCAAACCUUGAGUUAUUCAUAUUAGUACAAUAAAUAAUUUAAGUGUUAAAAUUCUUCAUCUACUUACAAGUAAUUAAUGUUAAUGUUGGUAAUUUUUUAAUUUGUGUGAUAAUUACUUAUAGUUUAUUGUUCAAAUGAGUUUUCAUAGUAAAAUUAUAUUGAUUACCGGUGCUAGUUCUGGCAUCGGUGCAGCAACUGCAAUACAUUUUUCCAAGUUGGGUGCAAAAUUGGCACUUACAGGACGUAAUCUUGUCAAUCUACAACAUGUAGCCGAUCAAUGUGAACAAAGUUUCUCAUUAAAACCAUUUCUGGUUACUGGAGACUUGACAAAUGAAGAUGAUACUAAACAUAUAUUGAAUUCUACUAUUUCUCAUUACAAUCAAUUAGAUGUUUUAGUCAACAAUGCAGGAAUCUUAGAAAGUGGAUCCAUUGAAUCAACAUCGCUUGAUCAGUAUGAUCGAAUAAUGAAUGCUAAUGUUAGAUCAAUUUACCAUUUGACCAUGUUAGCUGUUCCUCAUUUGAUUAAAACUAAAGGUAAUAUAGUCAAUGUAUCUAGUGUAAAUGGAGUACGAUCAUUUGCUAAUGUAUUGGCAUACUGUAUGUCAAAAUCAGCAGUAGAUCAAUUUACAAGAUGUGUAGCUUUAGAAUUAGCUCCAAAAGGUGUUCGUGUAAACAGUGUUAACCCAGGAGUUGUAGAAACAAAUAUUUUAACCAGACAAGGAAUGAGUAAAGAAGAUUAUGCCAUAUUUUUAGAAAAAACUAAAGUUACACAUGCUUUAGGAAGACCAGGGACUCCUGAAGAAGUGGCCAAAGCUAUUGCAUUUUUAGCUGGCGAUGCUAGUUUUUCAACUGGUGAUUCACUUUUAGUUGAUGGUGGAAGACAUGCCAUGUGUCCAAGAUAAAAUAUUUAUUUUUGUCUUUUUUCAUUUGUUUGUAUUCAUAUAUUAUUUUAACAAGCAAUUAAAGCUAUUA